UUCAGUCAUCCACACUGUCAGGAAAACGCGGCGUUUUCAAACUUCUCCGUCCUCGGGGCCCUAACACGAUGAGUAGUGUGGACGUGGCCCCUGUCUCUCUCCUCUGACACCUGAGCUCACGUAGGCGCGUAUCCGACCGACCCAACCCCCACCUCCUCCUCCACCUCCUCCACCUCCUCCUCCACCCUCCGGACAGAGACUGGAGAGCCGGCGAGCGGCGGGACAGAGACCAAAGACCGGCUGCUGCAGCUCCGUGACGGGACUGACAGGACCGAGGUCUCCGCCGAACGAGGAGGUGUGACACCGUGCUGAGUCCCCCUCAUUGUGUGCAGCAGCACCGUGGCAGCUAUGGGACCCGAGGACAGAGCCGGAUCAGGACCAGGCGGGACGGCAGUCUGCCCAGCAGGGCCCGGCAAGCAGCGGACUCUGGUGUGCACACAGAGGUUUGUGCAGGCCGAGAAAGCGUUCGUGGAGAACCAGCAUCACAAGAACACGACAUCAGUCCAUCUGCAGCAGAGGGAGGCAGAGCGAGGCUGGACCCAUCCGGCUGCUCCCUUGCAAACCGCGGCACCCACGAUGCACCUCAGCAACGGGUCAGCGACCAGAGAGGCCCCGUACUGUUUCCGCAGCCCGGAGUCAGUGGAGAUGGACGAGAUCAUGGCGGCCAUGGUUCUGACCAGUCUGUCCUGCAGCCCGGUAGUCCAGAGCCCUCCACAGACAGAUCCAGGACCAGCCGGCUCGUCUUCCACAGCCGACAUGGAGUGUGGCGGCGGCGAGCUCUCUGACAGCGGCAGCAGCGGCUACUGGAGCUGGGACCACGGCAACGUGAGUCCCGCCCCCUCGCCGUCCGUCGCUGAGAUGGACAGCAGCCCUGAUGAAGGCCUGCAGAUGGAGCUGGAGCAGGGGGAGGAGCUCAAUGCCAAAAAGCCAAAGAGCUCCUUCAGAGGUGUGUAUAAGUGUCUGUGGCCCAGCUGUGGCAAGGUGCUCACGUCUUCAGUUGGAAUAAAAAGACAUAUCCGUGUGCUGCAUCUGGGCAGUGGGUCAGAUCAGUCCCAGAGAGAAGAGGACUUCUACUACACCAAGAUCUCCUGUGAGACCCUGGACGCCAGCUCCGUUCCAGCUUCAGUUCCAGCUUCAGCUCCAGUUUCAGCUCCAGCUUCAGCUCCAGCUCCAUCUCUGUCUCCGGCUCCGGCUCCAGCACCUUCCGAACAGGCACUGGGCCAGGCCUCGUCCUCCCAUCUCAGUUGGGCCUCCUGCGGUUCCCCUCCUCCCUCUGGGCUCCAGAUCCCCCCAGCUCACAGACCCAGAUCCAACUCCAGCUCCGGGCCCGGCCCGAGCAGGCCGAGUCCGCUCAGCCAGUCGGCCCCCAGCAGCUUCUGGCAGAUCCACUCAGAGCAUCUCUAUCAGGCCUGUAGCCCCGUCCAGGUAUCUGUGGCCCCAAGAAGCCCCGGCGUCCAGGGCUGGACCCCCUCCACCUCCGUCUCUGGCCACAGUAACACUCCGGUUGUCAAACCUCGCUUUCGGUCUGUCAGUGUCGGGGAACAGUGGCUCCAACAGAACCGGCUGCAGCCAAUAAGUGUGUCUCCCUCCCGCACUCACUGCUCCUUCAGGAAGGGUCGCGGGGAGGCCAAAAAGUGCCGCAAAGUGUAUGGAGUGGAGCGCAAGGAUCAGUGGUGCACCGCCUGUCGCUGGAAAAAGGCCUGCCAGCGCUUCCCUGACUAAAGACUGCUGCGUGAUAGAGAGGGAGAGAGAGAGGGAGUGUGAAAGACACGAGGACGUGGAUGGAUGGAUGAGUGAUAAAAAAAGAGACUUUUAUCAAAAAGAGGAUAUAAAUCAGGGCCUGAGAGCCAUCAAGAAAAGCAACACUUCUGUUUUUAACUUUCAGGCUACAUCCACACUAAUACGUUUUUAUCUAAAAAACAUUAACUUGUGCUAGGUUUUACGCUUGGCCUCCACGCUACUCUGACGUUAUCAACUCACUAAAAAUGAAGAAUGUUUAAACAAAACCACGUUCACUUCCUUAUGGGGUCUAAUCAGUUACAACAUCUCAUCCCUGACUUGUCUUGCCCCAUCACAAGACAAGUCACGGUGCUUAAUUUGUAAAUCUCUGUCUUUUUUCUUCUGUCAUGUGGAGUGUUGCAAUGGUGGGAAAAUGGAAUUUGGGUCGAAAAUAGUAUUUACAACUACGUACAAUUAUUUUGAGUUCUGUCUGUCUGUCUGGAUCACCUUCACUCAGUUUCAGUACUGUGGACAGCGCCGCACCAACUUCUUCACCCCCCUAAUUUAGCCGUACUCAUUACACCAUUCACAGCACAAAACACUUGCUUAGCUUUAAUCAUAUUAUCAUUUUUCGACUUUUAUAGCGCAGAGUUACAGGAUCUGUGCAAAUAGGUAUCGACACACAGGCAGUAAAAAAACCUGUGAGGUCCCGGAUCCUGUUCCUGCCAAGAUCCGGCACAAGUUAAGCCCUGAACUUGACCUAUUUCCAGAUAAAAAAAAUGAACAACACGUGCUUGGCAACGACUCUGUUUGAUCUAUGUUUUCUACCAACUUGACCGCCUUGUAUUUAUAAUUAGUGGUGUCAUCUAGUGGUGAGGUUGCAGAUUGCAACGAAAUUAAACUUUCCCCUUGUGCCAAGCGUCUGGAACUAUGGUGGCCAUAGCAAUGUGAAAAAAUGAACGGACCUAUCUAGAGCCAUAGUUUGGUUUGUCCAUUACUGUAGAAACAUGGCGGACUCUGUGAAAAAGACACAUUAUUUUCGGGUGAUUACACACUAAAGAAAACAUACUUAUUAACGUUAUCUUUUUUUCUGCCAAUGGAUCCAAGCAAAGAAAUCUCUGGUCUUACUUUUCGCCAUCGCUGUUCUUCAAACCGCAGAGUAGACAGUCUUCUUCCUGUUUACACUGGGACCCACACACACAGCGUACAUGAAACUUUGUGUGAUAUUUGUUUUCAGGUGUGUUAGUAUGUUCGGAGCUCACAUCUAGAAAAGGUGCUGAAACGCUGGUGUGCACGGAGGUAUUAGUGUGGAUGUAGCCUCAACCUUUUCCUUUCCUAAAGAAAUGCAAAUGGACUUUUCUGUAUCUUUGUAACUUGAUCCUGAAAACUGAAGUCUGCGAUGGUGCUAACUGUUGACUGACUUUGACCAUGUGAUGUGCUAAGCCUACAAUACUCCCGUACUUUAUCCAAAGGUUCAUAUUACUGUCCUUGUAGCUCCACUGUAUUAGACUGCUACUUGGCUGUUUUCUUUAUUCCAAUCCUCUCUUCCAGUGGUUAAACAGUGGUUAUGAUGUACAUUAUAUUGUGUGCUCUGAGUUACGUACAAGUAUUUUAUACCUUUUUUUUUUAUCGUCUCGUUCCGCCCUUUUAUUGGGCAGAUUCUAUUUUCUUUUUUUUUUAAUUCAUGUUUUUUGGCACUUUGUUGGAACAUAAACUCACAAGAAUAAGCUAUAUUUGGUUCGACUCAACCAAGUUCCUAUUUCCUUCCUGCCCGCGUGUUGGCAUACGACCAGUGUUAAUGGUUUUUAAGCUAUGGAGUCAUGGCAGUGGGACUAGCAUUAGGGAAAUGAGUUUGUCAUAGCAAUAAACAAAAAAAAAAAAAGAGUAAAUAUAUUGUCAAACACAAAUUAAAAAGCACUGAGAAUUUGAAAAGUGUUCAGUACUGCUUUUUUUCCUUCUGCAUGACAGUCCACAAAAGAAAUAGCAAACUGUUUUAUUGUAGUUUUCUCUAUACACAUUUUGUAUGAAGACUCAG